UUAUUUAUGCAAUGCAAGCAAUAGUAGGUUUGUUGUAAGUUGUGUAUGUUCGGUAUUGUAAUGGAAACAUUUAAAUGUUUUAAAAUAUAUAUGAUUGCGUUAACUUUGCAAGUGUUACUGAACAAUGACGAAUUUUUGAAUACAUAAGUAUAGUAUUAUCUUUGGGUAAAACUUAACACUAUUUCAGAACACAUGUAAACACUUAAAGUGGGUAUACAAUAAUUUUAUGACGUCACUUCAAGUGAAUAUAGACCAAAAAAUAUUAGAAUGAUGUUGAGUGAAGUUGAAGGAAGACAAAUAUGUACACAUCGAUUAGCAACACGUUGCCGCUCCUCAAUGUGCAGAGCGAUGUUGCCAGUCCGCUUCGUCCAUACUGCUUUAGAAAGGGACAGAAGCAUCUGUCUUUCUCGUCAACUAUCUAUAUCUCAAUCUAUAGUUUAUCAAGUUUUACGCGAAGAAAUUAUUAACUUAAUUAUGAAUAACUUGUGUACAUUUUUAUAAAAUCAAUCGGGGAUUCUAUUAUUUAAAAUCAAGUCAAAUUUGUAAAAUGAUAAAGAUGGUAUCGAAUGAUAGGAAUAAGGCUCAAAAUCUGAACUGUCUAUGACUGAUGUAUACGAGGAAAAUGAAACAAGAAAUGUGUUGAACGUCUAUUUACCUACUUGUUAAAACAAGUAUUACUUAAUUUGACCUUGUUGAUUUGUUCUAUUUAUUUGCUGCGCACAUUAUAUUCUGACCAUUUGCUAUAACAGUUGGAAGUUAAAGAUAUCUUCAUUUUUCUAUAGUUGUGAUUAGGUGGAAAUACCUACUUUAUUUCGAAAAUUGUUGGAAAAAUAGGUAUAGUCGUAACCAAUCUAUUAAAUUAAAAAAAACUGAUUUGUCUUUCAAAUGUCCGUCUUAUUAAUAUAUUUUUCAUAAAAGUAUUAUAUACUUAGUUCAUUAUAGACAUUUCGAUUUUUAAUUCAGUAAUAAAUAUUUAUCUUUUCAAAUAUUAGCCUGAUUUGGAGUUAACACCGUAUUGUGAAUUCACUGUGUCCAAUGUCCAUUUCCAGCUUUAUAAUGAUGUGCGAUCUAAACUUUGUUUAUAUUAUCAGUCUGUCCCACCUUCGGGAAGUGCGUAACUAGGGGAAAAAUCGAAACGCAAAACGAAAGGCAACUGAUUUUAGAGCAAAACCCGACCUAUUUCAUAUAAAAUAAGAUCUAUUAUAACAAAAACAAACAAUUGCGAGACCCGAUUAUCCUCUCAUUGUAUGUUCGUCAACAAUAGCAUCGUCCUACCCGGCUUAAUUUGGCACGUCGGGCUGAACAGUACGCUAGUUCUCGACGUGCCAAGUCAAAACGUUGAUAAGGGGUCUGAUUAAAGUUUCAAGUGAAUGUUAAACAAUAUAUGCAGUAAGAAACUAAAUUAUUUUUCAUUAUGUUCUAAACUGUAACAUUUAUGUUUUCGCGCCGAUGCACUAUCUCAAGAUCAAGAUAUAAUAAUCAUCUUUCAAUAAGUGUUUUUUUACAUUCACAAACCUUUAGGGAAAAUUAGAGGAUAGCUACUUUACACACUUCGUCAAGUAACCGAAGAGUCUAAAAACUAUAAGCGGCAGUGCUGCUGCCGUAUGCCAAGUCCCGCGAAAUUGCACCUUGACCUGGACUUUUAAAGGAACGCCUGUCGAGAUAAAACGGGAGAUACCGGAGUAUGAAUUACUUAUUAGGUCUACUCUAGAACAUAGCAAAACAAUUCAAAAUGUUUUUCUAAAAAGCGAAACAGCAAAUAGUCAACACAUUUGUCCUUUUCUCAUCCCCUAACCCUAACUUCCACCUUACUAUGUAUCUCUACUGUACUUCUAAAAUAACGAACAAACGGACGCUUCUGUACUUAGCUAACCAUUUACACUUCUAUAUAGUUUAAAUCGCGCUUGAUAAUGUUAUUUUACAAACUGCGUUUUAACUAAUAUAUUUCCACAAAAAUAUGUUAGCGAAAUUCAAGUUUCCAACAUUGAUAUUUGUCAAAACACUAAAUUUAUAUGCGAAACAAUAUUUUAUUACUUUUACGUAAUUACCCGGAUUUAAAAGCAAUGUGAGAAAAUCACUAAGAAGAUAUAACAUUUUAUUACAUAAUGUUCUUAUAAAAUCCGUGUUUUCUAAAAUCGCACUCCUUUGACACUGACAUCAGUAAAACUGGAUUAUGAAACAUUCAUUAAAAUUUUCUUACAAACUCUAUAGAUAAUACUUUUACAAACACAACGUUGAAAUAAAUGUCCAUAUUUUUUUUCUAUCACUAUCACAGAUCACUUUCUAUCGCUGAAUGUAAAAUAUCUAUAACAUACGCUUCAACAAAAUUACGAUAACAUCCAGAGAAAACUUGGCGCAUUUUCAUAUUAUACAUUGAAUACGACCUCUUUUAACUUUUUAUAUCUGUCCAGAAAUAACGGAGAAGAAAAUUCCAGCAAAACAACAUUUAAAUCCGUACAGAAGACUUUUGCGUAUUGAAGUAAAAUAAAUACCUAUGAUUAAAUUUUCAAAAUAAUUAAAGUCGAAAAUUUAGAGAACACAGUCCUCGCGUUACGCGUACAACCACCGACGUGGCUGCUCGUCGAAUGAAUUUGAAUUCGAAGCGCUCCGCUGCCGGCGGUGGGGCGUUGCUUGACCGGAUUGCUCGGUAUCCAUUUUGAACACAUCGCACAGUCUCGUUCUUCGUACCUCCUAGAGAGUCGACACGACAGCCGAGAAUUAUCGUACAGGAAUAAUGGACGCUGCACAAACCAAACAAAAAAAAUUGUACAUAGUUAUUCAUCGCGCAAUCGUCGACUGUGACUAGAAUUUCUGUUAAACAUUUCUUUUAUUGAUUUAAACUAAAAGAAUAAAAAAUGGAGUCGGAUUACGAUCGCAAGUUCGAGGAGAUGAAGAAAUACAUUCCGUUCCUGGAGAACAUGAUCAAUAGGUUGGAGAGCGCGGGGUCCGGCAGCAGCAAUCCGCGCCUGGCGCAGCUCGCCAAGAUACGCUCCCUCCGGGAUCUUUUGUUGGACAAAAGAAAAAGAAUGAAAAUGGAGAAUUUAAUGAAAUGUGAACAAGUUUUGGUAAAUUUGUACGCAAAAAUUGAACAGAGAGACUCAUUUUUGGAGAGCAGUGAUAUAGGGAGUCAUAAUCCUCAGUUGGAGUUGGUGCGAAAUAAACUUAAAAAAGUGACCGCACGACUGCAAGACUCGGAGACGCUGCCUGAGAUAGUAGGUCCUACCCGGAGUGAAGAGGUCACGCCCGGUAGUAAAGAACCAGCUUUGUUUCAAAUAAGACAAAACAAUGUACUUUCUCCGACGCGCUCUCCACUAUCAGUAGAUAGUCAGAAUACUUCUUUACUAUUGCACAAAAGAAAUUAUACUCGGGUUCUGAUCUCUCCUGAUCCAGAAACUAAACCUAAUCCUAUAGACACAUCAAGAAUAAGAUCUCCCAUUCGGAGUCCUAAAAAGUCACCAAGAAAGACUACUUUAUUUCAAAAUAAAAGAGACCAAAUGUCUUCGAGUCAAUCUGAGGAAACAUCUCAGCUAAAAGACUUAAACAUAACACUUAAAGUUCCCGAAGAAAGUCUAAAUUCUUUAAAUACAAAAGAUAUACUAUCUCGUAUAAUAAACUGCAGCGACAACGAUGUUGACAUUGAUACAUUGAGAGGAUUGAGAAGUCAGAUUCUCUCUGAAUUAAAACAAACCGGUGCCAAAGAAGAUAUCUCUGAUUUAAUACUCGAAUCUUAUAAGCGCAAAAAGAAGUCGGGGUCAAAGAAAAAGAAGAAGGUAUUCGAAGAAGGCGAAUUAUCAGACAGCGAGAGUGAAAUUAUUGAAAGCAUAUAUGGCAGCUUGGUGGUUGUGGAUAAAGAACAAGAUGAAAUAAGUAAACUGACAAAAGUAGAAGAAAAAGAUGAUCUGCCUCGAAAAAUUCAAAUAUGUCUUGUAAUCAAUUCGGAGAAGGAUAGUCAAGAUGAAACAAAUACUACAAAUGAUUUGUCUAAAAAAGAUACGAUAAUAGAUUUAUCUGAUUUUGAAUCCUACCAAAUCAAUGACACAAACGUGAAAAUAGUCGAAGCUGAUAUUGAAAAAAAGGAAAAAAAUAUACAGCAUAAACACAAGUCUGAUAAUAUAUCUAGGAUACCUGAGAAAAAUGAAAAAGAUGGUGUAUCUAACAAAAAGGGAGAUAAAGCUUCAGAUAAAACUAACGACAGCAAUGAUUCAAAUGAAAAUUUUAAAAAUACUAAAUACAUAUCAGAUAAAUUAUCCGAGGCUUUAACUACAAAUUCCAAAGCAAAUUGCACCAAGGCUAGCUUAAAUUGUUCAAAAGACAAUUCUUCUAAAAUCAAACAACCAAUACCGAACAAAUCAUCUACAAUCGUCUUAAAUGAGACAACCAAAGAAACUACACCUAAAGAUUCCAUAGAAAUACCAUUACUACAUUUAGAAGCCAAUGCGAAUAAAGAAGUUCAAGAAAUUGAUAUCUUGCAGGCUUUAAAGAAAGAAAUAUUAAGUGAAAAAAUUUCUUUAUCUGAUUCCGAGACCAAUACCCCGCCAUUACAUCAACCUAAAGUUACGAAAGUGGCUAAUAUGAAAAAAGUUUUACCAAAGAAAAGAAUUUCUAUUGAGAAAUAUAAAGAGAAAUCAACCUCUUCACCACAAUCCACACAAUUUACAACUGAAAGUUAUAAUAAUACGACAAAGGAUGAACUUUUAAAGAAACAAAGUUUAAAGUUAACGGAGAAGGAAUACGAAAGAUUUAAUUUAUCUACAAAUAUGUUACUUGCAGAAACUUCUGACGAGGAAGAGAAAGCAAAACGUAGCCCAUCUACUGAAGAUAUAUACAGUGGUUUAGCUCCUAAGUCACCCGAUCAUGAAGAUUUUGCUGACACAGGAAUUAAACCACCAAUUAUAAUUCCUGCGGAGCCAGUAAAAGCAGAGGUUGCGCCUUCAAUAAGCGACGUGGAUAUGCGAACGAUGCCGCUAAAGCCCCAGGCAAAGUUAAUGACAAACAAUAUUCUCAUCGAAAAGCCUUUAGAAGGAUCAAAAAAAGAAACGGAACAAAGUACGUUAGAAAAAGCAUCACCAUUGGCAGAUCCUCGAGUAAGAAGAGAUUUUGGUAACCUAUAUGUUGAGAGUGCUAAUAUAAGUACAACAGAUAAUUUUUCUAGAACUCAGACUAACUUUUCACCUAAUAUGACACCCACCCGUAUGCCAAAAACCACAAUCACUAGAAUGAGCGGUGUAACCCAAACGAAUGUUAUUCCAAACAUGGUAAAUAGUAUGACUUCAACCACUCUGGGCUAUGAAAUGACUCCUUCAAGGCAAUCUUUCGAAAGCGACAACUCAAAAAAAGAUCAUGUAUAUGCUCCCAUAUUUCCUGUUUUUGAACCGAAUAAUAUCUCAGUUAUUGAUGGACAAAAUGCUGGCAGUUUUUCGCGACUUCGCGAUGAUUCAUAUAGUAAUUCAAGUCACAACAGUGAUAUUCAAAGUUCGUUUUACGUGGAAAAGUCAUUUGUUCCUUCAGAAUGUCCACCAACUCCAAACCAUUCAUUUGGACGGCUAGACAUUCCAAUGACUCCAAUCCAUGCAUUUGGCAGGACAGAAGGACCAAUGACGCCCGCUCAUCCUUUUGGAAGAUCAGAUUGUUCGCCUACUCCAAGCUACCUUUUUCCGAGAGCUGAUGGUCCAUCUACUCCAAGUCAUCCUUUUGGAAGAACAGAUUGUCCGUCUACACCAAGUCAUCCUUUUGGAAGAACAGAUUGUCCGUCUACACCAAGUCAUCCUUUUGGAAGAACUGAUUGUCCAUCUACACCAAGUCAUCCUUUUGGAAGAACAGAUUGUCCGUCUACACCAAAUCAUCCUUUUGGAAGAACGGAUUGUCCGUCUACACCAAGUCAUGCUUUUGGAAGAACGGAUUGUCCGUCUACACCAAAUCAUCCUUUUGGACGAUCAGAUUGUCCGCCUACUCCAAAUCAUCCCUUUGGAAGAUCAGAUUGUCUACCUAUUCCAAGUCACUCUUUUGGAAGAACAGAUUGUUCACCAGCGCCAAGUCGUCCUUUUGGGAGAAAAGAACUUAUAGCACCAACUCACCCACUCGGUAGAGGCGAUUUCUCACAAAAUCAGAAAAUAUUACAAAAUACAGGUGCCAGAUAUAAUAAAUUUCAGAAUAUUAGAAAUAAUAGAUAUUCAGAGUGCGAUAAUCUGCCAUAUUGUAAUGAUGAUAUGGAUGGUGGCAAUUUUAAUACGCGUAAUUAUAAAUAUGAAGAAUCAAAACGAAAUUAUACAGAUUCUUAUCGAAACUACGACAGACACGUUAGUCGACGUGAAGCUAGUGUAGGUCGAUCAACUUAUAAAAACUAUAAAUAUGAUCAACGUUAUUCAAAUGAUCGUAAUACUGGCUACGGCGCCAGAGAUAAUCGUUACGAAACAGAUAGUGGUAGAUUUUACAAUGAUAGCUGUACACGGCGUAAUAACAGAAGGGAACAUAGUGUCGGUCGUAACUUAUCAGAUGAUAAAUACACAAAAAGUGACAAAGAAAAAGUUUACACAACUAGUAACACCUUAUCGGUUCAAUCAAACGCAGGCCGUUCAUUUACUAUUGACACAAGUGUUAACAGUACUUUUCAAGAAACUGUUUCUGAAUUUAAAAAUAUAGACAAAAUUUAUACUGAUUUUGAUGCCAGAAGAAGACGGGCAUCAAGUGUUGGAAGGCAUUUAGGUCGAGAGCCAAGUGCUGAAAGGAAAUCAUUGAACAAUGAAAAGAAAACAUAUUCACCAGACUUGAAGACGAAUUUUAGACGUGCACGCAGUGUCGGAAGAGAACAUGGAGAAUGUCAUUCAAAAAAGAAGUUUGAGGAUAUCAAAGUAGAAUUGCAGUCAUAUAAACAUGCAGAUAUUAAAAACAAUAAAAGUAGCCACUCUUUUAAUCAAGGUUUCGUCGCUGACAUAAGAAAAAAGUUAAAUGAUCGCGAUCCUCGGUUAUCAAGACGUGACCGUCAAAACUUAGAAACUUAUGUAAAGGAAGAUCAAUCAACAAAAGUGUCUAUCUCUCGUGGAGAUAAUAGAGACCCAAGGCUUCAGCGCGGACUAAAUAAAGACACUCAAAACAAACUUCACGAAGGAAAAUCUAUUGACGACAGCAAAAAACAAGGUAUAGUUUAUUCUAAUGACAAUAUUGUCAAGGGAACAAUAUUGGGGUCUGGUUAUGGUGUAAAAAAUUAUAAAAUUCCGAAGAUUAAAAGGGCUCAAGAGGAAACAUGUUCUAAAGAUACAGUUGAUGAUGUUAAAGUUGAGAUUGACAAAACUGAUAGAUGUGGAAUAAAGAAACAUAAUGAACAGGAUCGAACAAAUUCGAAAAAACUUGCAAAAGACAAAGAUAGAUGUGAUGGGGAUCCGAUGUCUUUACAGUAUGAAAAAGAAUUGGCACAAUCAAAGAAGAACGAUGAUAUUUAUGAUAACGAUAAAAAUGAAAGUGUAGUUGAAAAUGUUACUAGCUAUGUCGAAAAGCGAGUCACAAGAUCUGCUACAAAGAGUAGUGGUAAUGAUAAAAUAAAUGAACUUCAUUCAGACAAAAAACCAGUUCCAAGAAAAAAACGUAGUAGGAUAAAAAAACCAUUACAAUUCGAUUCCGAUUCUGAUGAUGACCCUGCUCUCAUAAUCGAUUCCCAAACAUCCAAAGAAGAAUGUAUUUUCCAAACAUCGAUCGAAAACGAAAGGGCCACGUUAAAAGACAAAAUAACAUGUAGCGAUCGGGAUAGUAUAAAAACUACGGAAAAUUCGAGAAAUUCUACGGAUUCUGCGUCCGACGGGAAAAUCGAUGAACCCGAAGGUACAAAACUUUCCGAAAAUCUGAUUUCCGCUGAGGAAUUGUCAGAAUAUAUGCCCGACUCUGAUAAUUGUUUUGGAAUGGACCUUGAAAUGUUCCCUGACAGCUUAGCUACUGAUCCUGUUAUUGAAAACAUAAACGAACUUAUAGCUGAUCUUGAUGAUGAUUUAGAAACGUCUAAAAAUGAUGGCAAUAAACGACAGUUCACCAAGGAAAUAAUCCUCGAAAAUAUGCUAGAAAAUAUCACUUGCUCUGAAAAAAAGGCUGGUGAAAACACAGAUUAUGAAAACGAAAAAAUGACUGAAGUAAACGAACCUAGUAUAGUAAUAAAUGAAGAUAGUAUACCUAUUAUUGAAACUAAGAAUAAACAAGAAGAAGUAGAUAGUAAUACCGGUGAAGUUUCAACAACAGAAGCUGAAAUAAAAUGUACAUUACCACAAAAAAAGCUUUCUAAAUGUUAUGACGAUGAUGAUAUGUGUUCUACACCCGAUAGCACAAUUAACGUUAACGAAAAUGUUAAUGAAACUGCGUAUCAGGAAAAGUUACCUGAUAGUACUGGCGAAAUACCUUGUGAAAUGAGUUCAGAUAUAACUUCUACAGAAGUUAAGGAUACUAGUCAAUUAAAUUCAUCCCAUUCUGACUCAAACAAUCAGCCAGAUUCAAUAGGGAGCUUAUUAUCUAUUUUAAAAGAUAAAUCAAAAAUACAAGAAUUACUUUCGAUGAUAAAAGAUCACUCUAAUGGUAAUGAAAAGUUGAAGAAAAAAUUAGAAAUGUUAAGUGAAAUCGUUUCUGAUGACGAAGAUUUAUCUAAUUCUACCAAGUCCCUCGCUACUACGACAGACAAAAAUAACGAAACUGCCAUCGUUGAAGCUACAGCGACUAGUAAUGAUACUAAAUGCGAUAAGCAUUGUGAGGAAGACAUCAAUGGUAAAACAUUAGAAAUAAGCACAGAUUCUGUCUUACACGGAAGUGUAGAAAUUGAUUCUACUACUGAGACCACUCAAGCUCCUAGACCAAGCAUUACUAGUGAUAAUGAGAACAAGGACCUUGAUGAAAAUGUAAAGGAAAAUCUUGAAAGUGAAGAAAAGUCUGAAGGUUUGCAAGAAAGAAUUGAAAACAAUAACGACGAGAUUAAAGCUAUGAUAGUUGAAAGUGAAUCAUCUAAAAAUGACAAGAGCGCCGAGAUGGAGAUUACGAAACCUACCAAAAAAAUGAAACGUAAAAUGAAGAAUAGUAAAGUAAAUGCCCAGAAACCUUCUACAAGGUCUGCAGCUACUUUGAAAAUUGAUAAACCUCCCAAUAUAAAAAAGCCUUCAAGAGAACUAAUGCAACUUCAAAAUGAUAUCAAGGAGAUGUUCUUAAACGAAGACGUUUUAAAUACUUCUGGUAUAAGAAUGUGCCGCUUAGCCAAGCUAGUUGAAGAUAAGCCUUCGACAGAAAAGAGCGAACAGAUGGUUGAUAACAGCCCUGUUGUGAUACUUCAGAACAAUAAACAAUCUUUGGAAGAAACAACUUCAAAGGGCAAAGCGUGUAAGAAGAAACAAUCUUUAAAAGCAAAGGGCCCACUUAAGCAAAUUCCUAUGAAUAUAGAUAAAAAUGAAGAGAUAACAACGGAAUCAAAACUUCCCGUAAAAUACAAAGCUGGACCUAAAUCUAAAACCAAAGUAUUAGAACAAACAGAUCUGGACCCUUAUAUGUUUGAGUCUGACUCAAUUGCGGAAUUAAACGAUGCAAAUAACAGUGAGAAGCAAGUUGGAAGUGGUUCCGAGUCUGAAAGUGGCUCUCUUGCAUCAUCUCAGAGCUUUGGAAGUAAUGAACAAAUAGUAGAUAUAAAGAAAAAAGUUAAAAGAAGGCGGCGCGGAUGGCAAUCAGGUGUUAUAAAAUCUAAAAAUAAGAAAAAAAAGAUGGAAGUAAACCAACCAGAGGUAAGAAACACCUCUGAAUAUGUGACAGAAAGUUGUCUAAAUGUUGAUGACACCUGCUUUACUGACAAAACAUAUUGUUUCUCCAAGAACGUAACAGACUAUUCAUGUCGGCUAUGUUCGUACACCGGUAGCGACAUCGUCUACCAUCACAAGAAACGACAUCCUCAUUCAGAGAUUCCAUUGUCCCGGAUGAGCCCAGAUGUUGCUAAAGAAGCUAUAGAGCAAUCUGAGGAAUUUAAUUUCCAAAUGUUAAAUAAGUCCCCUUUUGAUAAGCAUGUAUGUAGAUUUUGCUUUGAAGAGUUCAGUAAAAGAAAAACAGUAUUGGAAUCUUUCUUCUGGCAUGUCGUAAGUACGCAUACCGGCGAAUAUAAGCAAGUUUGUUCACAAUGUAGAAAUGAUAAGCAAUGUCCUUUUAAUUUAGAUAUUCCCCUGCCUCCGAAGGAGCCAAAAGGUCAACUAAUAGGAUACAUUUGUGGAAAAUGUAAUUUUACACAAAUUUCCCUCGAAAACUUAAAAACUCAUGUAAUAAAUCGACAUAAUGAUGAAGAAACUGAAGUUUACACAAUAAAUUUGGGCGUCAUGUCGAAAAAGACGUUGUCGUUGUUGACAAAGACUACUACUGAGCCGAAGCCCAGGACCCUAAGAAGCAGCCGUGGGGCCCAAAACAUGGCUGAAGUGAGCGAUGAACCAAAAGAAUACUUAGGAAUGGCAGGUACACAGUCUGAAAUCUACAUAGAUAAAUUUGAUAUUCAGUCGGAUACAAAUCUCGACACGACACAGAACCACAAACGUAAGCAAAUGAAAUCGCAAAUAUAUUUCGAAAAUGAAGAUGUCGUCACCAAGGAGAUAAGUGAAUUGAGUAAAGUAGCAAAUAUUAAAGUUGAACCGGAACAAGAGAGUGAUAUGGAGCAAGCGAUGCAACAUUGUGAGUCACUCGACGUAGCCUCCGUUAUGCAAGGCCAAGAGCCUCUGGCUGCUGAUUCCGACACACUGGAACAGGAUCAACCAGCGGGCGAAGCGGACCCAAACGAACAGGGACAAUUAAUGGACGAGGCCGACGCACUCCAACAAGAAGCGCUAGCAGACGAUGGCGACGCCUCCUCGGCUGCGAGUAAUGACGUUCUCGAUUACCCGCACUUCAAAGUGAAUUACACGCUUGUCGGUACAAAGGAGUACGUGUGCUGCAUCAACGGAACUGAGAACCAUUAUCGCACCGCGCUGCUAAUAUCAUUUAAAAAACACGUGCAACUGAAACACAGCGAAGUCUGGGAUGGAUUUUGUUUUUUGUGUAAACUGAUAGUAACACCCCAAGGGAAACAUUUUUUCAAAGACUGCUUACAGCAUUUUCUCGAUAAACAUAUUGAUAAUUUUCCGAUAAUGGAGAAUGAAGAAAACCCGUCGAUUACCAUCGACACGGAUAUUGUUCCCCAAACCGUCAAUUCGAAUGAACAAAUUCCGAACAAAAAUCAUCUGAACGUCAGGCCACUGUCGGAACUGAUCAGCCCGGCGGAGGCGACGACGCUUCCCGUCAUAGAGAGCGUGGUCAGCCUGGGUUCCGCGGCCUCCGGCGCGCCGCAUUCCGCACUCGCCGACUUAUUUCAAUUAAAAACUCAACAAAACGUAUUCAGAUACGAAGAAACCCAGACGGAAGUGAUGGAUAAGAAAAAUAAAGUAGUUUUGGAGGUGAUGAUGGACCGCGAAAAGUUAGUACACAUAUUCAAGUGCGCCGGCUGUUUCUGCAGCUACUCCACGGACGAGCCCGGGGACGCGCUGCGGCACGCGAUGACGCACGAGCGCUCGGGCGGCCAACGCGCGCUCGAUUGUAUCUACUGCGACUUCGACUCGUCGCACAGCGCGGUCGACCUGGUGACGCACGUGUUCAAGGCGCACGGCGGUUGCCGCUUCGCGUGCGGCCACUGCUUCUACCGCGCCGCGGCCGCGCAGCUGGUGCGCGCGCACGCGUUGCGCCUGCACCCCGCCCUCGGCGCUCAAGCCGCCGUGCUGCGCUCCACGGCCGCGCCGCGCGCCCUCACCGACCAUCCCUCCGCCGCAGACAUCCUGCCCCGGGAGAUCGCAGUGCCCUACUACGUGUGCCUUCAACCGAGCGGCUGCAGGUUCCGGACGUACACGUCGGGCAAGUUUUGCGAGCACCUACAGCUCCGGCACGCCCUCGACCCCAGCUUCCUGUGCUCCGUUUGUUCGUUGGGCGUGAGCAAGCCCGCGGAAUUGAUCCAGCACAUGAAGGUGCACGGCUACAAGUUCUACCAGUGCACGUGGUGCGUGCACGGCGCCGACGACGAGGCCGGCCUGCUGGCGCACGCCGCGCGCGCCCACCCCGCGCGCCCGCCCCAGGCCUACCUGCGCGUCAUCACCAACAAGGAAGGGAACGCCGGCUUCCGCGUCCUGCCAUUGGCUCAACUCAACAUUUCAAAAAUUGCAACAAUCGAUGUUAUCCCGAGUACCGCCAAGAAGGAUCCCGCCAGAGAAGCGGAGCGAUCCAUUGAUUUGGAAAAGUUGAUCGGUCAAACAACGGAGAUGAUCGAGGCCCAGGAGUCGUCCGACAACGACACCAGCUCCGAGAUUAUUUGCUUGGACAGCGACGACGAUAAUUGCGGCGGCACCUUAGACGUCUCCGCCAAUGUCAGCGACCCACCGAUACUGGUGGAGAAAUCGCAAUUGUUCAAGUGCGGCGUAUGUCCCUCCGCAACGUUCAAAACUGCUUUAAUAUUCAAAAGGCACCUCCUGGGGGUGCACGCUGGGCGCGAGGAGUUUCCCUGCGCCCACUGCCCCGCCCUGGUCGGCAAGGCGGCCCUGCUCGACCAUUACCGCGCCCUCCACUGCGCCCGCCGCGACACCCCCUGCUCCGGCACCUGCGCCCUUUGCGGCAAGCGCUACGCCUCCCUCGCCCUCGUUCGCAAGCACCUGCUGACCGACCACGGCGUCGCAAAGCACCUCGUCGCCGCCAACGUGCUCACCGGCGGCAAGCCUCAGCUCCUCGCGUCCGACGCGCCCAAGAGGAAGGCCUCCAAGAGAACGCUCCCCGUCGAGAGCGAAACGGAGUCGGCGCCGCCGCCCUCCAAGAUGACCAGGUUCGGGCCCGGCGACGUCCAUCGCUUGCCCAUCCACCCCAUCCUCGAGGAGCUGGUGUUCUGCGCCGUGUGCGAGUACAGCACCAAGGUGCGGCUCAACAUGGCGCGCCAUCUGCAGCUACACGCAGCGCGCCGCCCCGCCCCGCACUCCGCGCCCGUCAACCCCGUGCCCCACCUCGAGACCAACGAGAAGCACUUCGACAAGAUGGUCAACCUUGCGUCCAGCUCCCUGGCGGCGCCUCGACCCGAAGCCCCGCCCCCCCAUGCCGCCCCCCUGGCGCCCUCCCUGGCGCCCGACCGCGCCGCGCUCUACCCGCGCUACGUGCCCGACCGCCUGCGCUACACGUGCGGCGCGCCCGGCUGCUGCUACAUCUCCCUCAGCGAGGAGAUGCUAAAGCACCACUGGGAGGCGUUGCACUCCACCGCCGCGGACUUCCGCUGCGCCCACUGCCCGCCCGCGCACCGCCUCCACCCGGCCAAGCAGCUGACCGCCGCGCGCGUCCUCGCCCACAUGCGCAUGCACGGCCCCAAGCUGUACGCCUGCCCCGCCUGCCCCUUCUUCCACUACCGCCGCCAGGCCGUGGACAGGCAUCUCGCCGACAGGCACGCGGGCGCCGGCGCCGGCGCCGCGCUCGCCGUGCGCGAGGAGCCGCCCGCGUUGGCGCCCGGCCCCGCGCCGCCGCCCGCCGCCCCCACCAUGGACCUCAAGCCCUGGCAGUGCGGCGUCUGCGAGUACCGCAGCAUGCUCCGCCAGGAGGUGGUCGACCACUGCGCCGAGGUGCACGGCUGCAAGAUGCAGUACAAAUGUUUCUACUGCGCUUUCCGAACCUCCACCUUGGAAAAUGCGACCAAGCAUAGAACCAAGUUUCAUCCCGAGAGCGGGGAUGAGACGUUCUACGUGUACUACCGCGAGGGCACCGUCCCCGACGAGCCCGACGGCAUGCCGCGGUGGCGCCACCAGCGCCUGCGCACCGGCCCCCUACCCCCGGCACCUCACGCACGCGUCAAGACCGAGGCGGAGGACGACGCCGAGCCGCCCACCACGCCCGCCGCGACCUCUGAACCCCCUGCGCUCUCCACGCCCACCGCGCCCACCGCGCCUACCGCGCCCAUCGCGCUCUCUAUCGAUCUGAACAUAGUGAAGCGCGAGCCGGUGGCGUGUGAGGGCGAGGGUGAGGGUGAGGGCGAGGGGGAGGAGCUGUACGAGAGGUUCGGGCGGCCAUGCGAGCCGGCCGGGCUGCACUACAAGUGCCCGCUGUGCAGCGACGUGGCCGAGGAGAGCAGGGACCGGAUGCAGUCGCACCUGUACGAGGAGCUGCAGUGCCGGAAGUGGGGAUGCGUGUUCUGCUCGUACAAGGCGUUCCACAAGGCCGGCCUGGCCGACCACAUGACCACCGAGCAUCGCCGCGCGCGCGACGCCAUCGAGCUGCCCGUCGAUCCGCGCAUCGAGAUGUGGAUCGCCAAAGUCCUCGACUACCAGUUCCUCGCCAUUGAGAGGAACAGAAUUAACGCAUCGAAAGGACCCUCCGUCGAAUCACCUUCAGCCAGCGCCCCCGCCCCGGCCCCCGCCCCGUCCCCCGCCGCCGGAGUGUCCGCGCAGGUCGCCGAAGAUGUUAACGAUUACAACAUCGAAGCUCUAGUGAAAUCGUUCGGCAAAUUUGGUGCUCCCGAAAACGAAAAUUUUUGCUGUCCCAAGUGCGGCGCGGCCUCGAAGGAGGAGAAGGCGAUGCGAGAACAUCUGGAGAUCGAGCUGAACAAGAUCAGGUGGAGUUGCAGCGUCUGCCCGGACAAGUUCCAGAACUACCACGAGGCGCAGUUCCACUGCAGGACUGCGCACGCCCAGCCCGGCGCCCGCGCCCUCGAGGCCCCGCGCGACCCCGCACUGCGCGCCGCCUGGGUCGCCGCGGUCGUCGCCGCGCAGGCGCCCAGCGUAGGCACCGCGCCCGCCCCACGCCCCGCACGCGACCCCCCGCCCGACCCCGCGCCCGACGACAACUCGCUGCUCGAGGUGCGCUACGAGGAGCACGUCGCGCCCCCGGACCUACGCGCCCCGCACCCGCCGACGUCGCCGCGCCCUCACCCUCAUCCGCCACCGCACGCGCCCUCGCCCCGCGACAGCGACAGCGACGACGACGACGACAAGCUGGUCAUCGACGAGCCCGCGGCCGCGCCCCAGAGAGCGCCCCCGCCCCCGCCCCCGUCCGGCGCGCACGUGUGCCCCUUCUGCGCGGACAUGCUGCCCGACCUCAAGGAGUUUAGAGCGCACGUGAUCCGACACGACGACAUCAAGCCCUACUUCUGCGCUCACUGCGACUACAACGGCCAUAGAAAAAGCGUGCUGAAGCACUUGCGCGACCGACACGAGAAUCUGGCCGCUCGCAUGGUGACCAGGAACCAGCGCGCCGCCGGACCACCUCUGGCCGCCCACACGAAGCUGGUCUGUCUGCUCUGCGAGAAGGCGCUCGCCGCGGAGGAGGCGCGCCGCCACACGCACGAGGGCGUCGCGCCGCCCCUCGCCAAGGAGGGAGAGAUCGUCGUCAAGUGCUGCGCCUGCCUCACGCUGCACAAGAACAUCGACGCUCUGACCGCCCACCACGAGGCGACGCACCCGGACGCCGCCCCCAGCUACGUCUACCACAAGGUGCUCCAUCCCAAAAAGAACUUGUUCUGCGUCCAUUGUAUGCGUCAAUUUAAAUACUUGCACCAUCUGAGGGCGCACACGCUGGCGGCGCACGGCGACUUCGCCCCCGCCCUCGGCAGCCGCAAGCGACCGCUCUCAACCCUCGGCCCCGCCGCCCCUGUCGACCUCCCGCCUCGCCGGUGCGCGCGCAAGUCCACCGCCAAGCUGCCCAGCCAGGGGGUCGCCAGGAAAUCCACAGCCAAAUUGUCUUCGCACAAUGAAACUCCAGAAUCGGAGUCCGAGGAGUACUCGUUUUACGGCACGCGGCCCCGGCUGCAGGGGCUGGGCGGCGUCACCACGCGCCUGCACCUCGGCGCCGCGGAGGUGGCCGUCAGCCUGCGCCAGCUGCGCGAGGUGAUGAGCGUCAGCCCCGUGGUGCGCGUGCGCGACCUCGCCCGCCCCGAACCAGACCUUGGUCCCGACCCGGACCCCGGACUCGGUCCCGACCCGGACCCCGGACUCGGUCCCGACCCGGACCCCGGACUCGGUCCCGACCCGGACCCCGGACUCGGCCCCGAACCAAACCCCGGACUCGGCCCCGAACCAGACCCCGGCCUCGGCCCCGAAUUAGACCCCGACCCCGCACCAGUCCCCAAUCAACAGUGAUCAAUUACACAAUGUAUUAGAGUUUAAGUUACCUUUUAUUUUCACUUUUAACCACCAAGUGGCAGCAGCUAUUGAAUACUUUAACUAUCUCGAAGUCAUUUAGUUUAGGGAAUAAGUUAAUCGGUUAACUUUUAGUAUGUGUUAGCAUCAGUAGUGGUAGAUUAAGUGUCCAUUAUUUGUUGUACUCCUGUCUCUAUGUUCCUGACUGAUAAGAAUGAUUAAACGAUUUUUGGUUA